AUGUGCGGAGAUUUCUGGACAGGCCUGAACCAAUUCAAGCAUUCGUGUACCGUAUCAGUGCCCAAUUGCGAGAAUGUUGACGGCGUACUGAACCUGAGAUUCAUGACAGCUUCAAGUUGUAACGCGGGAAUGAUAGCCUCGGCGUGGUGGGAGGCAACCAAGAAUAAAUAUGGCAACAUCCAAUGCUCUUAA